AUGAACUUAUCGAAACUCGUCGCUGCCUGCCUUCUCAGCCUCGCUCUCGCAGUCUUUGCGCUACCAACCACCAACAAGGUCCCCAACUUGUCCACACGAGAUGUGGAGCCUGUAUCCUACGCAAAUGACCUGAGCGCCCGAUGGGCAGACGAUCAUCUCGAGGAGCGUAAGCUAUUAAGCAAGCCUCGUGCAAUCCUGAGAAAGACUCUCAACAGACGGUGCUCACUCAAGAUGGGUAAAGAGCUCGGGUACUUCGGCCAAGUGGGCACCGUUAUAGGCCUACCAGAAGCUGGUGAUACGCGGAACAGGUACAAAGUUCACUUCGUUUCUCGAAGGUGGGACAACGAGGACCACCCGAUUACCGCAGAGUGUCACUACUUCAGACCUACGAAAACCUUUAUGUAA